AUGCAUUGGAACGAACUCAAACAAGAGAUACUUGAACGUGCACGAUCGCGAACGGUCAUAAUCACAGGAGCAGGAGGAGGUAUCGGUGCCGCGACGGCCAGGGAGUUUAACAAUUACGGUUCCAACGUUGUCCUGGCGGAUAUUCCAGCCCUCGAGAGCAACGCAAAAGAGCUCAUUGUGUCUUUCGCGUAUCCAGACAAUGCUGUAUUUAUUGCAGUCGAUAUACGGGAUUGGCAGCAAAUGCAAAGCCUGUUUAAGAAAACAAUGGAGACAUUCGGAAGUGUGGAUACCGUUGUGGCCAAUGCCGGCGUGAUGGAAUCGGAGCAUGUUCUAGAUAUGGAGAAUGUGGAUGGCGAGGGACACCUGCGCGAGUCUGAAGAAGCAUCCAGGGUCAUAGACAUCAAUCUGAAGGGAACUUUGAAUACAUUGCGGCUGGCCAUGCACCAUAUGCGAUUUUCGUCCACCACGAAGAACGGACAACCGUCGAUCGUGUUAGUGGCAUCUACAUCAGGGUACUUUGGAGGGACUGGGGUCGCGGCAUACAUCGCUUCCAAGCACGGUGUUAUUGGAUUGUUGAGGGCAUCACAGCUAGCGGCAAAGAAAUAUGGCAUUUCCAUCACAGCUGUUGCUCCCUUUUUUACACCAACUGCGAUAACCUCUGGUCUUUCUGAGCGCUGGAAGGCUGCAGGAUUGGAAGCCAACACGCCAGAGAUGGUUGGGAAGGUCAUACUUCAGUCGGCUCUAGAGGACAACAACAGUGGCAGUUGCCUGUUGGUUGCUGGGAGGUUUCUGCGCGAGCUAGAGCUUACCAGGGGUGAUUUGAUCCCACAGUGGCUAGGAAGGGAUGUGAAGGAAUUCAUGGACACAGCGUUUAAUGUAAUUCAAGAAACAGGGGGCUAUGCACUGCCAAAGAUCAGGGCUAAAGUGUAA